ACAUUCGUUUCAUCCCAUCAUGCGCUCGUUCGUUCUGCUGUCCGCUGCUGCGGCCCUCACCCUCGCUUCCCCUGUUCCCCAAGAGCUUGACUUUUCUUUGAUCGAUACCGUCGAGACUCCCUCGAACGUCACCAUCCCUACCAACACCGAUGAGCUUAUUGUCGUCUACGACUCUGACUCUGCUGCUGCCGCCGUCCAGACUUCGGUCUUGACUGGUCAGACCGAGGUUGAUGUCUCCAACAGCACUACCAACAGCACCAGCUCUUCUUCCACUCUUCGCAGACGUGGUACCUGUGCCGUCCAGGCCGCUGGCUCUGGCCCUGUCCCUUCUCCCGACACUGCUUCGGCCUUCCUUUCCUACUCUGCCUUCGCCAGCGCUGCGUCGGCUGCCGCCACUCCCUCCGGCUACACUCAGGCCUUUAAGAACUUGAACGCCUCCAACAACGCAAGCGUCGUCCCUUCAUACGAUACUAACUACUUCAUGCAGUNNUACGGCUACCUUGGUUUCACCAACCUUGACAAGUACGACUCUGAGCAGUGUGCUGCCAAGUGUAACGCCAUCUCUGGCUGCGCUGCCUUCAACACCUACUUCGAGCGCGACCCUAGCAAGGACCCUGGAACCGGAUGCGAGUCUCCCUCUUCGACCACGAACAUCAAGGUGAAUAUUGUCGUUGCAUUUCCUUUUGAUAGAGGGCUAACAACUCGCAGUNGUGUGUUCUGGGGUGGCCCGGUCACUUCCGCCAACGCCAACAACGCUGGCCAAUGGAGAAGCGAGUUCCAGGUCGUCAUUGCUGGUAGCAACGGAUACGUCAACAACAGCAUAGCUGGCGCCGACGGCUUCACCUCUCCCUCCUACUACGGCAACACUGCUAUUGACGCCCCCAACGACUGCAACGGCCAAGACACUCUGCUCGGAUCAAAGGUCUUUACUGGCGGUCCCUUCGAUGCCAGCCUCUGUGCCGCUGCUUGCGACGCUCAGAGCGCUACCAACCUGAAGGCAAACAAGCCCACCUGCAAGUUCUUCAACACUUACAUUCUGUCUCGCAACAACGUCGCCAUUGGCCAGUACUGCAACCUCUACUCUCAGACCUGGGCAUCUUCGUAUGCUACCUACAAGGGAUCUAACAGCGGCGACAACAAGUACUCUGUUACUUACUCUUACGGUUUCUCCAGCUCUGCCGAUGCUGGUACCUGCAAGAAGCCCACUACCUCUACCUGGAUCCAGCAAUACCUCAAGUCCAUCACUGACUACGCCAUCAACACUUACGGUAUGCACGUCAUCAUCGGUCUUCACUCUCUUCCCGGUGGUGUCAACAACCUCGACAUUGGUGAGGCUCUUCUGCACGACGACUUCUUCUAUAACACUACCAACCUCAACUACGCCUACGAUGCCGUCGAUGCCAUUCUUGACUUCAUCAAGGCUAGCGGAAACAUGACUGCCUGGACCAUCGGACCCAUCAACGAGGCCUCUGACAACCUCUCCGGUUUCGGUACUUCUGCUGGUCUCUCCGACGAGGGUGCUCAAUGGGUCGCCGACUACAUCACCGGCGUUGUUGCUCGUACCGCAAAGGUCGACAGCCGCAUUCCCGUCAUGGUUCAAGACUGCUUCAAGGGCGCCGCUUUCUGGGAGUCCUACUUUGACGCAUCGACCAACUUGGUCAUCGACUCUCACGUCUACUACUUUGCCGCUGCCGGUACCUACUCCCAGUACGUCGCUCCCGCUGUCUGCGGUCAAGCCGCUUUCAUCGCCGAGUCUACCAAGUUCCCCAACUUCAUCGGUGAAUGGUCUCUGCAAACCAUGUACAACAACAGCCUUGCCAUCUCUGACCGCCAGUUGAUCUUCAACACCCAGCGUUUCGCCUGGAGCAAGUACGUCAGCGGUGGCAGUUUCUGGACCGCUGUCUCGUACUCCACUGCUCUGGUCGACGGCCAAGGUACUCAGAGAGACUACUGGUCCUACACCGACCUCAUCGCCAACGGAGUCAUUCUCCCCGAGUCCAGCUUCAACGGCACUGCUUACUGC